AUGGAUACACCAUCAAAUUCCGUACCGAAUAAUGUGCGACAUCGACGAUUUCUUGUCCUUGACCGACAUAAGCAAUCCCAACCACAGCGUCUUGAUGACAUCGGGGACGAGUACAGUCCAAGGAGUAUUGACAGUCCGAUACAGCCAUCUGCUCCUGUUCAAUUUGCACCUGCGACAGUUGCAAUUCAAGUCGAGGAUGAAGAAGGAUUUAAGAUAGAGGACCUGGAUACGAUGGAAGAGUUCCAACCUUCGCCUUCCGUCAGAAGCAAAAAGGACGACGAUCUGAAGUCGGAGCUGUCGUUCAUUAUGAAAGAAAAGCUGCACGUCAUGGCUAGGGAGGUACAAAGAAGGACAUCUGCUGUGCGAGAGAGUCUGAUCAAAGAAGAGCCCGAGGAUACGUUCUCCACCACCUCAGCGUCUGUACCGACGGAAGAGCAGCAACCAAGCUUGAUGUCCCUUAUUGGGUUGCAAAAAGAGGGUCAAGACGAUGCAGAGGAUGAGGAAAAGUGGCAAUGUCGGCUGCCAGAGACCCUACAUCCAUAUGGCCGAAUUUACAUGACAUGGCUGUUCUUGGUGACGAGCGCCUUUCUUUACAAUGCAUACUGUAUUCCGCUCAGAAGUUCGUAUCCCUACCAAACUAAAUCGAAUCUUCUCUACUGGCUGAUACUGGAUUACACCUGUGAUAUCAUCUAUUUCAUCGAUAUGGUUCUUAUCAAGCCGAGACUCAGGUUCAUGAAAGGAGGGAUAUCAGUCAAGGCACGUGAUGAGACGUUGAAGCACUACUUGAUGAGUUCGGUGUUCAAACUUGAUUUAUUCGCAAUGAUUCCCACAGAUCUCAUUUACAUCUACACUGGUCCUACACCAAUCUGGAGACUGAAUAAGCUGACAAAG